CUGGAUAGUGCACUUUAGUUUACUUUAACAGCAGAGAUAACCUAAAAUAUAUUUAGGUUGUGUAAACUACCUAUUUACUUGUGUCCUAUAACACAUUUUGUGUUAAUAAUUUUAUUGCAGUAAACCAGAAACAUGUCGGAGCGUAAAGUUUUAAACAAAUAUUAUCCGCCGGAUUUUGAUCCGUCAAAAAUCCCUCGUAUGAAAUUAGCCCGAAAUAGACAAUACACAGUUCGUUUGAUGGCUCCUUUCAAUAUGAGAUGCAAAACUUGCGGUGAAUACAUUUACAAAGGAAAAAAAUUUAAUGCUCGUAAAGAAGAUGUUGAAGGUGAUGAUUAUUUAGGAAUACGAAUUUACAGGUUUUACAUAAAAUGUACUAGAUGCCUGCAAGAAAUAAGUUUUAAAACAGAUCCCAAGAAUACGGAUUACGAGAUUGAAGCAGGUGCAACCAGAAAUUUUAUGGCCUUAAAGUUAGCGGAAGAACAAGCGCAGAGAGAGGAAGACGAAGAAAAAGAGGAAGAAGCUACCAAUCCAAUGAAACUCUUAGAAAAAAGAACGUUGCAAUCGAAACAAGAAUUGGAAUUGUUAGAAUCUUUGGAGGAAUUGAAAGACUUGAAUCGUAGACAACAAACUAUCGAUUAUGAUCAAAUGUUAGAACAAUUUGAUACAGACGCAGCCAAGCAAAGAACAGAGAAAGAGCAAGAAGAAUAUGACGAAGAGUGUGUUAAAGCGAUAUUUGGUAAAAAAAUUGUUGUAGAAGAAGAAAUCGUGGAAUUAGAUGAGAGCGAAAGCAGUGAACCAGCAAAAAAGGUAAUGAAAAGAAGUAAAAGUAAAACUGAAAAUAAUAAGUUUCAAUCUACAACAGACGAAGAAAAGCCUAAGGAGACUCAAAUAAAACCAUCUGAAACGUCAUUGUGGUCUGAAAGUACACCGUCAUCGUCGAAUAGAAAAAAUUUACUAGGCAUAGUUAAAAGAAAAACAAAUUUGGUAAAUACCAAAGUAAAUUCAAACGCUGUAGUUGCUAGUACCAAUAAGGAAGAAACGCAAACUUUGGCAAGGAAAGAAACUGAUGCUUUCACGGAAGAAAGUAAAAAUCCAAAUAAAAAUACGCCUGAAAGUAUGCAUCAACCGACGAGCAAUAAUGGUCUAUCUUUACUGGGUGCAUAUUCUGGCAGCAGUGAUAAUGACAGUGAUUAACAUAACGUUUGAUAAGUUGUACACAUAAUUUAAUUUUAUUAAUUUUAUUAUAAAAUAAAUAACACGUAUAAAAUGUACAGAGAAAAAUAUAUAAAUAAGCCUCGUCGAUUACAGUAAUAUAAAUCAAAAUACAUAUACUCAAUUUACACGCCUCUUCUCAAAAAUAUUGCCAACAAUCUACGAUUCGAUUAACCGUGUCGAAUAUCGAAUCAAAAAGAUCUUACAAACGAUGUAAAGUGCCGCUUACCAAAGACUUAAUGUUUAAUAACAUAAAAUAAUCUCUUUGACAAAGAGAUCGACCAAAGAUGGAGAUCAUUUACGUUGACGAUGAUUAGAAAGUUCCUUACAGGAUGCCGAAGCCCUUACCCCUAAAACAUAGAAAAAUAAAAUCGGUCAGAGAGUUGAAGAAAUUAGAAAUCGGUCUGUUUCAAAGGCUAGGCACUCUGUAAGGAACUUUUGUAUCGACGAUAUAACAUUGAAAAUUCGGUAGCAGGGAGUACCUAGCCUAUUAAAUCAGACCUUAUUAAUACAACAUACAAAUUUAUUUACAACGUACUUUACUAAUGGUUCCCAUGUCAAAUUAUGAUUAAAGGUUGUAUAUGAAUUUUUAUUAUUCAUAAGUAGAAAUUUUUACUUUUUAUACUAAUAACGACUGUAAAUGUUAUAUAUAGCCAUUAUGUAACAAACUUAUUGUAAUAUUUUCAGAAAAUUUAAUUGAAUUACUGAUGCAUUAUUUGCAUCAGCUGUCUACUGCAUCAGUUUUGUGUAAAAAAUAAUUCAAGAGAA